UGGAGCCCGAGUUUGCAUGUGUUUGUUUACUUCGGUUGGCUGUGUUCAAAAGUGGUGUUGUAUAAGUAGAUAUUUUGGUGCUAAGUCGCCUGUUUUGGCAUUUUGUGUACUAAAAAGUUCGCGAACUUCUCGUCAUCGUUCGAUACAUGAAGCGCUGGUGUAAAAAAUAUACAUUCGCCAUGCCAAAAUAGAAAUAAAAUAUAAAUUCAUCCGAAGCACGAAGCUUGCAAAUCACGGAGCUCCCCGCAACAAAAGACAAUACAGCGGAAAAUGUAUCUUUCGAGCGAAAUCCGUGUAACACACUUUUUCCAUGCCAUCCGUUUAUGUGCAUUAGAGGCUUUUGCAGAUAUGUAGAUACAUUUAACCAGAUUCGAAGUGCUUCCUAACCGAAAGAAAUCAUUCAAAAGGACUCAAAUUAAAUUGGCGAGGCUGUGGUUCGGUGAAAAACUAUGGCCUUCAAAGUCCCACCCAGUUAGAAGGAUAUGUGCGUGUGUGUCUGUAAGUGUGUGUAUGCAUACAUAUGAAGGCAUGUAUUGAUUAAGGACUGAGGACGUUUUUUUCUCAACCAUGUGAACAAAAUUAACAUAUAGUGUUUACGUGCCUCCAAUUAUAAAAUUAAAGUUAUGCCCGUGCUGACAUACUUCCCUGCACUAAAAUUAGCAUGACGUACAGAAAAGUAACUUUAUUCGUGCGUACAGAUGUUCGUGUAGAAAGGAAAAUAGAAACCAUAAUGAUGGAGCUUUGUGAACCAAUCACAACUGCCAGAUAAAAUGGGGGCCAUACUAAUUGCUCAAAGGAACCCCGAAAAGGCGUGGACAGUAAUUAAUCAUAUUUGUUAGCGGCAGACCAUUUUAAAAAUACGAACAUGGAGCCAAAUCAUUAUUACUGCCGGAGCGCCAUGCAGCAGACUUCCUCGACAUCAAUUCCACAACAUUCGUCGAACAAACUCAAUUAUGGGAUGAACGCGGGGCAGGAAUAUGUGGCAUGUAGCUCCGGUCAACCGCAGUCGGGGUACAACUCCAAGGAUUUGGUUCCGCGCAAUGGGAACAACAAGUCGCUCAGUGGAAACGGCAAUAUGGGAAGCCCGUAUGGAGGAUCGGCCUGCAGCAACAGUGGCCAAUGCAGCAAAACUACCGCCAACGCUGGGAACUAUAUCAACAUAAUGACUGUUCCAUUGGGAACUUUGCAGUAUAAUCGAAAGAAGUUAUCUACGCAAGACUACGAAUCGCAUUUAUAUUACAACACCACGGACGUCAAGUGUCGCGAUGAUUACUAUAUAGCCAAUAAUGCCGCAGCACCAAUACCGCAACACCAAGCACACCAAUCGCAACAGCAGCACCUGCAUCAGCAGCAACAUCAGCACCAACAGCAGCAACUUCAACAGCACCAACAGCAUCAUCAGCAACACCAGCAACAUCAGCAACAACAGCAACAUCAGCAGCAACAACAGCAACAUCAGCAGCAACAACAGCAACACCAGCAACAUCAGCAACACCAGCAACAUCUACACCACCAACAGCAACAGGCCAACUUUCUCCACAUCCAACAAUCUCUGCAGCAUAACCAUCAGCUGAACCACCCAGAACCAAUCCAUCAGUUGCCCCAAUUACAGAGCUCGGUGGUCGAUCCACCAGAUGCUUUCGACAACUGUGCGAUCUUCCCGAGCGCCGGAGGCAGUGCAACCGGAAGUGGUCGCGUGGCAGCCACCCAAACGCAUCAGAAUAGCUCCAGUGUGGUCACGUGUGACCAGCAGGUGCCCGUCUCCUUGGGCUCCGUGAACAUGCCCGUGCCACCGAUCAUGUACACCGUGCACCGGGUGGUAACCACGGCCCAGAUCCAAACGGCCGUGGGCAGCACCUUCGCCUCGUCGGCCAGUGUGUCCAGUGUGGUCAGCACGGGUCAGAAUGAGGGCGACUGCCUGUCGCCGGUGCAGGUGUCCUCCGCCAUGGCCGCCUCCGGGAAUGCCGCCUGCCUCGGAGGCAUCUCAGACAUGGGCGCCAAUAUGAUGAACAACGCAAGUGCACUUUGUCCCCUUUCCGACCUGAGAAGCCCUUCAGGAGUGCUCGCCAAUUCCUCAUUCAUGCCACAACAUCACAAGUGCAACAAUGGCAACGAUGGCCAAUCCAACCCUGCAAUCCAAAAACGCAUUAUGGCGACAAGCUCAACUUCGAAUUUCGCAAAUGCUGGGAAAGCUGCUUCCAACCUAACCCGUGCUCUCCAAAAUGUAAUCCCCACUUGCGUGUAUCUUAUGUCUCGGGUGGCAGUUCACAUGGAGAUUGAGGGAACCGCCCAGUGUCCAUCCCAAGUGAUGUUGGCAGCUGCUUUGGGAUGCGAGGAACUGGGAAUAUCCAAUAAACUGCUGGCACAGAGCGUUUUCGGAUUGUGGAUGACAAGUGCUUUACUGGAGAUGCAGCUGAAGGCCCAUCACUGCCCCUAUAUAGUGCGAGUUGCGUGGCCCAGUUUGCUACAGAAGUUCAGCAAUAGCAGUCCCAGCGAUCGCAAGUUUGAUGAACCAAUGGUGGUAUUAAAGCGAAACGUUUUCUUCUCCAAAAGAGAUGAAGAAAAAAUAAAGGAUCAUCGGAUCUUAGAGCUGCUUUACGAGGAGGCCAGAAAUAAUGUGCUGACAGGAAGAUAUAUUAUGGAGCCUGUGCAUUCGCUCAUGUUGGGUGGCAUUCAAGCUCGCAUCGAACUGGGACCGUAUAACUCCCACACCCACACAAUAGGAUUUUUUAGGGAAAACCAAGCUCGGUUUUUGCCACCACACGUUGCCAAGAGCUCGACUUGGUUGUGGCUACCCAUAAGCCAGAAGAAUUCUGCGGAGGUUAAGCUCUUGGAACAGUUUAAAAGAGUCCCACAGACGGCUACCACCCGAAAGUUGAUGAGAAAAUAUCUGGAAUUUUGCUGGGCACUGCCAUUCUAUGGUGCCGCAUAUUUCCAUGGACAAAUAGAACAACCUGUUAGGGGAAUUAUGGCUUUGGUAAACCAAAAGGAUAUGGAGGUUUUAGUCGCAGUUAAUGAAAAAGGAGUAUUUAUAAUAGAUCCGUAUGAAUGCACUCUCUUGCUGGGUUUGCGAUACGAAGAUUUGUCUUGGGAUUAUGCAAAGCCAAGUGCAAGUGAUGAUCCCGAAUGCCUCACUUGUAUAUUUCUACAGUUCGAUGCUGUCGAGAAUGGAAUACAAGUUUCAAAACUAAUGCAAAUAUUUUCAAAGCAAGCUGCCAUGAUAGACGCACUUAUAUCACAUUUUACGGAUCAAAUAAGAAACAAAAAACAGGAGGGUAACACUCAAGAACCUUUUCACGAUGAGCCAAAUCCUAUUCAAAAUAAUGGAAAUGGAGUGUUAUGCAAUAAGCUGUCUCGAUUGACUUUGGCCACCUUCGAUGAAGAGGGAGGUCGUUGCAUUGGGCAAAUGGGAUCAUUAUCUAUAAGCUAUUAACAUUUGUUACUAACGAUAAAAUAAAUUUAAGUUAAGGGGUGUUAAAUAAAAGUUCACGCAUGUAUUCACGAUUGUUGAUAAAUUCCCAUAAAUAUACUCACAAAUAAAUUUUUAGCAAACGGAAUCUACAUAUUCACAGUCAUCGAUAUAAUGCAUUCCUUUACAUUCAAAUGUUUUUUAAUUUUACUUAAUCGCAAUAUCAGUGAUCACAUCCCGAAUUACGAUGAUAUGUACAAUUAGUUUUAGAUCUACACUUGAUUUCUUUUUUAUUGAAGGCACUUAGAUGACAACCCAUCUGAAAUUUAUGUUCUUGCUCAGAUACAUGAAAAAGCAUUUGUAUUGGCAUGAUUGCUUUAGAAAAUUUAAUAUUAUUGUACCUCGAGAAAUUUUUAUUUUUUUUACACUCCUCGAUCGAAACAUCAUCACUCACAUUUGUUCGAAUUCAAUUGUUUACAAUUAAUGCAAGUUUACCAAAUAAUGCCCCCAAAUAGUUAUCUCUUUUUAUUUACCUUUAAAGUAAGACAAGUAGUAAAUAUUAAGAUAUAUAAAAUAUCGAUAUGUGCAUUUGACGUAUGCGUUCAGAAUUAGUUUAAUAAGCCUUCGACUGAAACAAAUUAUGUAUAUAAUAACAAUAAAAUGUAUGUACAAAAUGUAAGGGCUAACUGCCAACAUAGGUUAUGUAUAUAUUUAAAUUUGUAUGUAUGUAUAAAUUGAGACUUAAAAUAAAUACCGUUUCCUCAUAUUUAUACAGAAAGUACUUAUAAAAUUACAGAAAUUUUAUUUUCGAUUUUAAAAUGGCACUAACUGUUCUUUUUAAUUUUCGAUAUUCAUUAAAGUUAAAGAAUGUUUUAAGCCGGUAAUUUUUUAAAUCCUCCAAGCCUAAAUAUUCAAUAGAUUGCAUUUUAAUCCGCUUGCAAAAUUUUAGUUAUUUUUAAUUUAAUGAGUAGUUCUCUUUUUGUUAACUUACAGUAAAUACAUUUAAUUUUUAAAUAAUUUUUGGUGACAAAUAAAAAUGAAAUAAAAAUUGUUUAAUAAUACAUAAUGGUAUAGUUAUAAUAUGCAGCAACACGGAAAUUAAUCAAUACAUGUAGGUGUAAUCUAAUAAAUUAUAGUUAAUAGAAAAUUUAUUUAAAUAUGUGUAAAUCAAACAUAAAUACUAAAGGCUACUUACUUUCUAAAAUGUGUCUUUUAAUAACACAAUAAAAAAAGUAUUAAAAAAUAA